CACUCCGUAAUAACAGUGAAGAAUGUAUCUACCAUGGAACAUGCAAUACAAUAGGAUCUUAUAAUAGACUUAUUAAAUCAUUUCUCAUUCUUUUUUUUCUUUUCCUUUUUUUAAUUUUUUUUUCCGCGUUUUCUUUCUUUUCUCCCCCUCCAUUUUUGUCCGUCUAAAACCUUUAUAGUAUGAUCCAGUAACCUCUAGCACACCUUUUGCAAUAUAGGAGAGACGGAGAUAGAGGAAGAGACAGGGAGAGACGGAGGGAGAGAGAUAUACAGAGAGAGAUCUCCAUUUUUAUGUGGUGAGAUGAUAAAUAUAAGAAAGGAGUGGAAAAGCUUAAAACAGGGGAAAAAGAGAUUGAUACACACAAUCAUACAUUGUCUGUUUAUGCAUAUUACUCAGCAGCUGGGCUGGCUUUAGUAAAUUCAAUUCCAAAAUGAUAACUGUUACAGCUCUACCAACUUGCGUUGAAAACUGACCCUCCCAGCCUACAAUCUUUCAUCAUCAUCGUCAUCAUCCAUUGAUUUCUUGUUAGUAGUAUCCAUGCAUGUAGACUCUUCUUUACUACUCUGUCCUCCACUCCACUCUUCUUCAUCUUCGAGGGUUGCCAUUCCAGUCGUAAAAUAUAAGUAAUCUCUUGCUGAUUUAUUGUUAUUUCUGGGAGUGGUAUGGAUACUGGAGGGAGAUUGAUUGCAGGCUCUCACAUCAGAAAUGAGUUCGUUUGUAUAAAUGCUGAUGAUAUUACUAGACGGCUGAAUUCUGCAAAAGCCUUGAGUGGGCAUGAAUGUCAGAUUUGUGGGGAGAUGAUUGAGAUAACUGUAGAUAUGGAGCUCUUUGUUGCCUGCAACGAAUGUGCCUUCCCUGUUUGUAGAAUGUGCUAUGAGUACGAAAGACGAGAGGGGAAUCAAACUUGUCCUCAGUGCAAAACUAGAUACAAGAGAAUUAAAGGUUGUCCCAGGGUUGUUGGUGACGAUGACGAAGAUGAUGACAUUGAUGACUUGGACCAUGAGUUUGAUAUGGGUAAAACGGAUGCUUUGGACCCGUCUAAACUUGCUGCUGCUAUGCUCUUUGCACGUCGUAAUCAUGGUUAUGGAAGUGUAACUAACGGAAGCCAGGCUAGUUCGUCUGGACUCUCUACAUGCUCAGAACAUGAGUUUAAUCAGCUCCCUGAAAUUCCUCUUUUGACCUACAAUGAAGAGGAUGAUGAGAUAAUGUCCAAUCACCAUGCGCUGAUAGUAUCUCCAUCCACGGGUGUCCAUUCACUGCCUUAUGCUGGUUCAUCUGUAGCCUUGCAACCCAGGCCUAUGGUUCCAAAAAAAGACACGGCACUUUAUGGCUAUGGUAGUGUCGCCUGGAGAAAUAGGCUGGAACACUGGAAGAAAGAGCAGAGUGAUAGGCUGCAGGUGAUGAAGCAGCAUAGCAACCAUGGUGGAGACAUUAUUGAGAUUGAUGUGAACAAUCCUGAUUUUCCCUUGCUGGAUGAAGGCAGACAACCACUUUCGAGGAAGUUACCAAUUUCUUCUAGCAAGAUAAACCCAUACAGAUUGAUAAUUUUGCUCCGCCUCAUAAUUUUGGGCCUGUUUUUUCAUUAUAGACUUUUGCACCCUGUACAUGAUGCAUAUGCUCUGUGGAUGACAUCAGUCAUAUGUGAAAUAUGGUUUGCUCUAUCCUGGAUUCUUGAUCAGUUCCCAAAAUGGUAUCCAAUCGAACGAGAAACGUACCUUGAGCGCCUAUCGCUUAGGUAUGAGAAAGAGGGGAAACCAUCAGAAUUAGCUAGCAUAGACAUCUUUGUAAGCACCGUUGAUCCAUUAAAAGAACCUCCACUCAUCACAGCGAACACUGUUCUGUCCAUCCUCGCAGUAGACUAUCCGGUGGAAAAGGUUGCAUGCUAUGUCUCAGAUGAUGGUGCAGCUAUGCUAACUUUUGAAGCUCUCUCCGAGACUUCAGAAUUUGCUACUAAAUGGGUCCCGUUUUGCAAGAAGUUUAAUAUAGAGCCAAGAGCUCCAGAGUGGUACUUUUCUCAGAAGAUUGACUAUCUAAAGAACAAAAUUUAUCCAGGAUUUGCUAGGGAAAGGCGUGCAAUGAAGAGAGAGUAUGAAGAAUUCAAAGUACGAAUAAAUAGUCUGGUUUCCACAGCACAGAAGGUUCCUGAUGACGGUUGGACAAUGCAGGAUGGAACGCCAUGGCCUGGUAACAAUGUCCGCGGCCAUCCUGGGAUGAUCCAGGUCUUCCUUGGUCACAGUGGCGUUCAUGAUAUUGAUGGCAGUAAGUUGCCUACCUUAGUUUAUGUAUCUCGUGAGAAGAGACCGGGAUUUGAUCACCACAAAAAGGCGGGAGCCAUGAAUGCACUGGUGCGGGUUUCAGCCAUUCUCUCGAAUGCUCCUUUUGUUCUAAAUGUAGACUGUGAUCAUUAUAUCAACAAUAGCAAGGCACUUAGGGAAGCCAUGUGUUUUAUGAUGGACCCAACUGUGGGAAAGAAGAUAUGCUAUGUACAGUUUCCUCAAAGAUUUGAUGGCAUCGAUCUUCAUGACAGAUAUUCAAAUAGGAACGUUUUGUUCUUUGACAUUAAUAUGAAAGGCUUAGAUGGUUUACAAGGACCGAUAUACGUUGGAACAGGAUGUGUUUUCAGAAGACGGGCACUUUAUGGGUAUGAUGCUCCUGCCAAGAAGAAAGUCCCGAGUAAGACGUGUAAUUGUUGGCCGGAAUGGUGCUUUCUGUGUUGUGGUUGUGGGUCUAGGAAGGAGAAGAAGAUAGAACAGAAGGAAAAGAAAGAUAAGCUAAAGCACAGGGAUAUGUCAAAGCAGAUACAUUCCCUCGAAACUAUUGAAGAAGGAUAUGAAGGAUUUGAUACUGAGUUUUCAGCCUCUACUUCCCAAUCAAAACUUGAGGAGAAGUUUGGGAGAUCUUCUACGUUUAUUGUCUCUACUCUACUGGAGGAUGGUGGAACUCGUGAUGAGUCUAGUGAAGUGUUCUUAAAAGAAGCCAUUCAUGUAAUCUGCUGUGGUUAUGAAGAUAAGACAGAAUGGGGAAAAGAGGUUGGCUGGAUAUAUGGUUCUGUAACAGAGGACAUCUUGACAGGAUUCAAAAUGCACUGCCAUGGUUGGCGGUCUGUGUACUGUAUGCCUAAAAGGCCUGCGUUCAAAGGUUCUGCACCAAUUAAUCUGUCUGAUCGCCUUAAUCAGGUUCUUAGGUGGGCCCUUGGAUCUGUAGAAAUUUUUCUCAGCAAACAUUGUCCAAUCUGGUAUGGCUAUGGAGGCGGUUUGAAGUGGUUGGAACGUUUGUCAUAUAUAAACUCUGUUGUGUAUCCCUGGACUUCUAUUCCCUUGAUUGUUUACUGCACUUUGCCUGCCAUUUGCCUUCUCACUGGAAAAUUUAUCGUCCCAGAGAUCAGCAACUAUGCGAGCAUAGUGUUCUUGGCACUUUUUAUGUCCAUUGCAGCAACAGGCAUCCUCGAGAUGCAAUGGGGUGGUGUCCAAAUAGAUGAUUGGUGGAGAAAUGAACAAUUCUGGGUGAUUGGAGGUGUGUCGUCUCACCUGUUUGCUCUUUUCCAGGGUCUUCUCAAGGUUUUGGGUGGUGUGAGUACCAAUUUCACCGUAACAUCCAAAGGUGGUGAUGAUGGAGAGUAUUCUGAGCUGUACGUAUUCAAGUGGACGUCUUUACUGAUCCCUCCCACUACGCUGUUGAUCAUAAACCUAGUUGGGGUUGUCGUAGGGAUAUCUGAUGCCAUUAAUAAUGGUUACGAUUCUUGGGGUCCCUUGUUUGGUAGAUUGUUCUUUGCCUUCUGGGUCAUUGUUCAUCUUUACCCCUUCCUCAAAGGUUUGCUUGGUAAACAAGAUAGAAUGCCUACGAUAGUUAUGGUCUGGUCGAUUCUGCUAGCUUCUAUAUUAACCCUUAUGUGGGUUCGAGUGAAUCCAUUCGUUUCUACAGAUGGUCCGGUGCUUGAAGUCUGUGGACUGGAUUGUGACUGAGAUAUCAGAUAUGUCAAGGUAUAGUGAGGAUUUCCAAAAUAGGUCCACAGUUGUACAAUUUUACAGGUUUUCUAUCAUGGUACCUUUUCCUCUCUCCAGGAUACUUGUUCAGAGAAAACUCAAGUGUUAUGGUUAAGAGUUAUUUUGUAUGAAUAGUACUGUAAAAUGCAAGUGUUGAUAUUUAAACUUGUAAUGUAUACUUGUUGAUGUUUAUAUAUAUAAUACAAGAAACAGUU